GUUGCCGGCGGCCGGCGCAGGGGAAGUGGCAGUGAGUGGUAGUGGUGGGCCAUUUUAUUGCUGUCAGUAGAAGGAGAGCACCACCCUGAUAACCAUAAGAGAGAGGGAAAAUAAUCAUAGAGACAAAUCAGGAUAAUAAGCAACGAACUAAACUUUUUUUUUGAACAUAAAAAUACUCAUCUCCAUGAACUGUCGUGCUCGGCUUAUUUUCCCCUAAUGCGUGGAGAAUUGGUUUAAUUUUUUCUCUGAAGAGACUGGCUCUGUGAAGGAGGAAGAAGGACUUUCUCUCUCUCUCUAUCCCACCCCCUCCCCAUUCCCUUCUCACAACUUACUGAACAGUUCAGGGCGUCUUUCGACUGGUACUCACCUACAGCUGUUUUAUUUUUGUUUUUAUUUUUUUUCCCCCCUUGAUUUAUUUUUAUCUCUUCUCCCUCCCUUCCUUCCUUCCCUGUUCUUGUUUUCUCUGUUUUCUCAUUCCUCGCCCACCACCAUGGCUCAGCAGCAGAUGACGAGCUCUCAGAAGGCCUUAAUGUUGGAGCUGAAGAGUUUGCAGGAGGAGCCGGUGGAAGGUUUCAGGAUCACGCUGGUGGACGAGUCUGAUCUGUACAAUUGGGAAGUGGCGAUUUUCGGGCCGCCCAACACGCUCUAUGAGGGAGGCUACUUCAAGGCUCAUCUGAAAUUCCCAAUAGAUUAUCCAUAUUCUCCACCUACCUUCAGAUUUCUGACAAAAAUGUGGCACCCAAAUAUUUAUGAGAAUGGAGAUGUUUGCAUUUCGAUCCUUCAUCCUCCAGUAGAUGAUCCUCAGAGUGGUGAACUACCUUCUGAAAGGUGGAAUCCAACUCAAAACGUCAGGACUAUACUUUUAAGUGUCAUCUCCUUACUGAAUGAACCAAACACAUUUUCACCAGCCAAUGUGGAUGCCUCAGUCAUGUUCAGAAAAUGGAGAGAUAGCAAAGGGAAAGAUAAAGAAUAUGCUGAAAUCAUCAGGAAACAAGUGCUUUCAACCAAGGCUGAAGCUGAAAAGGAUGGUGUGAAGGUACCGACCACACUGGCUGAAUAUUGUAUUAAGACCAAAGUGCCUUCCAGUGACAACAGUUCAGACUUGCUUUAUGAUGAUUUAUAUGAUGACGAUAUAGACGAAGAGGAGGAGGAAGGAGAAGACGCUGACUGCUACGAUGAUGAGGACUCUGGAAAUGAGGAGUCGUGACGUACACAGGCCAGAAAGGGAGCAGCACUAACCUAGCAACAGCCCAGCCCAGAACUUGCCGCUUGCUGAAACCUGUUGUUUAGGUCUUGAAAUGCUCCUUUUUAAUGGACCUCUUAACUCCACAGACUGUCUAUGAAACCUCUAUACUAGACUAUAACCCCACUAUAUAAUGUAACUGGAUCUGCUCAUUCUCUUCAAAAAAAAAUCGUUCACACCCGAUUCUUACUCUUCCUGCCAUGGAAGGCCUGUGUAAGCCCAGUCACCUGAAUUUGUUGGGGGAGGUGGGGGUGUUCAGUGGGGAAAUAUGGAGACCUGUAGCACUCAGUAGUAAAAUGGACUGCCAAGGUUAAGCUGCUCCUGUCACAUAGUGUGCACCUCUUGAUAUUUUUUCUUAACUAUGUGGUGAAAUAUUCUUUUUGGGGGAUGGGGAUAUUGGGGAGUGUGUAGCCUACUGCUUUUUGAUUCGUAAAUAUGUUAUUAUCUAGAAUUACCUUUGGCAGUUUUUACAACCCACGAGUACACUGCAUUCUCCAGCAAUUCCCAUUUGAGUUUUUUUAUUGUAGAAGUAGCUGAGCUCAAUCGAGAUUUCUCUUUUUAUUUUAUAAAUUCUGGUCAAGCAGUCCCUUAAUUUGAUUUUAAAUUGUUCACACCUAAUAGCUGAUGUUUGCUAGAUCUUAGCUUAUUUAUUUUCUUUGCAGUCGCUGGAUUUUUCACCUAACAACCAAGUUUACAUGAUAUAUAAAGCAACAGUAAUAGAUCUGAGAACGAUAUUAAAUAGAGAAUUGGAAAACAAUACAGUGCACUAAGUAAGACAAUAGCUGUAUUUACAGCAGCAGCUCCUUGGAUUUUUCUUUUUUCUGCGAUUUUUCUUUUCUUGUAGGAAUCAAAAGUAUUUUGUGUUGUCUCCUGAUCUAUAAAUUACUUUGUCUUUGCAUCUACUAAUAAAAUGUGAAUAAAAUUUUGUUUUGUUAUGAAA